GUCUGCUGCCGUCGACCUUGUCUGCCCGUAUAAAAGCCCUGCGCGGCCUGCUAGCGUCUAUCAUCCACCCUCCCGCUUCCGCUUGCGCUUGCGCCUCUCACGCUAAGUAUACGGCCUCUUGACGAGUGCUGUUGGUUAUUCUCGCGCUCUCUUCUUUACUGGCUUUUAUUCGACCGCCGCCAAUUUCACGCGACGCCACGACUAGGACGAUGAAAACCGCCACCUCAUACGCCGCGUUCCUCCUCUCUGCGCUUGCGGCGCUCCCCCACGCCUCCGCGCACGGCUUCGUGUCCAAGGUCGUCGUGAACGGCCAGUCGUACGCGGGCAACACGCCCGGCGGCGACACGAGCCCCAGCCCGAUCCGCCAGAUCAGCACCAUCUCGCCCGUCAAGGGCGCGGCGAACAAGGACAUGUUCUGCGGGUACGACGCACAGGUCGCGUCGCAGGUCGCCGCCGCCGACCCCGGCAGCAAGGUCACGUUUACGUGGUCCGGCGGGGGAGGGCAGAACUGGCCGCACAACACGGGCCCGCUGAUGACUUAUAUGGGCGCGUGCGAGGGGACGACGUGUGACAAGUACACCGCGACGGACGCAAAGUGGUUCAAGAUCGACGAGGUCGGGCGCGAGGCCAACGGCGGCGACUGGGUGCAGCAGGAAAUCAUGAACGGCGGCACCUACACCGUGACGCUCCCGUCGAACAUCGCGCCCGGCGACUACCUCAUCCGGCACGAGAUCAUCGCGCUGCACCUGGGCAUGACCGAGGGCGGCGCGGAGUUCUACCCGUCGUGCACGCAGGUGCGCAUCACCGGCAACGGCAGCGGCACGCCCAACCAGACCGUGUCCUUCCCCGGCGCGUACUCGGACACCGACCCCGGCAUCUGGGACAAGAAUGUCUACGACCCCAGCGCGCCGUACACCUUCCCCGGCCCGCCGCUGUCCAACCUCGUCUCCGGCGACUCGGGCACGGUCGACGGCCAGGGCGGGAGCACCUCGUCUGCCACCCUCUCUGGCGGCGCCGCGCCCACCGGUACUGCUUCCGGCUCUACGCCCGCUGGAACUUCGCAGCCUUCUUCAACGACGGGCACGGGCAACGCAGGCGCAAACCCCAGCUCGGGCAAGUGCUCGCUCAAGUCGCGCGCGGCGCCCACGACCAGCGGCAACCUCAGCGCGAACUACCCGCGGCACUUUAGCCGCGUCAUGAAGCGGCUGCUCAACGACUUCCAGACGACGGUGCACCAGUGGUAGUUCCCACCCGCUGUCUCGCGCUUGGUUUAGACUGUAUUAUAGCUCACUCACGCGCUCAUCACGACUGGUCAUGAUGACGACAACGACAGGAUGGAGGUAACUUAUCAUUGUUAUUGGGAUGGCUGUCGCACUGGGUAUUAUUGCUGUAUCUAUUACCCGCCCGCUCUUUGUAUCGCACUGGAUAACUGCUGUAUCACCACCACCACGCAUUACCUUGCAUAAAUGCAUUCUUGUAUCGUUCA